AUGAAGGUCUUACAUCAGAAUGUUCCAGACGUAGUGCUUGAGGCAGCGCGACCUAAGUCGGUCUUUGAGACGGAUUUUGUCGUCCAUGCUGCCUGUGAAUCGACUGACGACUCGCCUGCCCUUACCCCCACCGAUCUACCAAACAUGACGAGCACAUGCUUAGUCUCUGUGACCGCUUCGAGACAGAUGCACAGACCCACCACGUUUAAACAUAAAACCCUGGCUGUGUGCCCCUCGGUUUCUCUCCUGGUCUUUGUAUGA